AUCGCGCGGAAUCGGAGUGAACGGAAAGAAAAAUAAAGAUGAUAAAUUCUCUGUCGACGCUCGGCCCGGUAUCGUCGUCGUCGUUAUGACCUGAGCGAACGGGGAUCAUCGUGAUCUUGUCAUGGUUGAUGGCCGUGAAAACAGAGCUAAGAUGAGUGUCCGUUGUCGCUGGUACGUCCUCGUUCUGCUCACGUGCGCGCAGAGGCCCGCGACGGCGGCGGCCGGCUUCGACGAUCAAGAGGCGCAGAUCGAGAGGCCGAAGGAAUCGCUGCGUCAUCAGCAGAAUCAUCGGCCCUCGUUCAUCGAUCGGAAACUGGUGAUGCACGAGGCCACGGAGCUGCCCAGAGACCUGGACGAUCGUCAGUCCGACGAGCUCGAUCUGGACGUCGGGAAUCAGUUGACGCGCAGAGACAGAUUGGAGACCAGCAUCGAGAAACCGACCACGCAGAUCAGGCACAGUCGAUCGAGAAACCAUUUUGCGCGACAAGCAAAGUUUGACGAUCCGGAUUCAGCGUACAACGGAGCGAGCAGUCGGGCUCAGUCGAUCGACAACGUGUCCCAAAGCGAGGACGUCCCGAUAUCGGGAAGGCUUAAGGGAAAGAGUCUGGGCACGGACGUGUCUUCCGGGCAGGAUCCCAGAUCCACCGGCGCUAUCGACGAACGAUCCACCGUGGAUCUCGACAAGCUGUUCAUUAGGCUGACCGUGGCUGGCUCGGAUCGGAGGAAAGAGGCAAAGGGUCGGAAUACGCCUCCGGUUCGCCACAAAAACGACUCCCUUCAUAAAUUGAGGAAAGUGAUCGGCAGGAAUAGGACUCACGCGUUCAGGAACAGGACGACGGCGAACUCGACGGACAUUUAUGGGCACAUGGUCCACGGAGCACCGAUCGACAACGAGAACGACCUGGACGACGCGGAGAUCGCCAUUCUGGAGGAGUACGCGUACAAUGACAACGACGUUGGUAGAAACGUUUCGGAGCAAGAGGAUUACGAGGAUUAUGGGAAGACGGUCGUGGACCGGUCCAAGGGGCACAAAGAGCCUGUCCACGUGGACAUCGUCACGCGGUUCCUCCACAUAAUCGAGAAUCAACACCUGGUGGGCGAGAACUGUACCGCUGGCACCGAUCUUAGCCUAGGCGAGGGUGUCGUCGACCAGUACGCUCAGGACAAGUUCCGAUUGGAAGCUAACCUGGCGGUGAACAGAGCUAACAUGUUGACCAGACUCUGGAAGUACGCGCCGGAGGUGAUGCUGUCAUCGGAGUAUCUUCUGCACGCGAGUAUCCUGUCGAUGGUGGAGUUCGACGAGGACAUUUUCGCUGCCGGGAAUUGCUACGAUAAGUUGCAAUACAGGGAUCGCUGGCUUUAUUGUCCGUUCGCUCAUCGGCUGCAAGACCAAGAUGGUGUCCUCGUGAAGGAUCUGGCGAUCGAGUACAAGUAUCUCAGCAACAGCAGCGAGUGGUUUUAUAUCGCGAGGAAGAACGCCGAGAAAGUGAUUGCAAACAACGAUCAAUUCAGUCGAGGUUUUCACACGUACACGCUGAACGAAACGACACACACGGAGAGGGAGGACGACGAGAUCCUAACAGUGAGAUACGAGGACGGCAGGUGGUCGAAACCCUACUACGAUUGCGGCGGAGGAAAUAUCUGGAUGCUGACCUACACCGUCCCUUUCUUCGGAUACGUCAACGACACAUACUUCUUCAAGGGUACGAGCGGGAUAGAUAUUGAUCUACGCAGGCUGGACAUAGAUCAAUGUCCUUUGCCGCCAGGAUCGUCUCAGCUGAACAUAUUCGCAGCCAGCGACAAAUGCAAGAAACGAACGACCGAGUGCAUCGCCAUUCCGGGACUCGGAUUCCGUCGUGGCAGCUAUCGUUGCGUCUGCAAACGAGGAUUUUAUUACCCGGAUACAAAGUCUACCAGCCGAUACUACAAUGGCACCGUAAUCGAGGAAGAAUACGAAAAACUAAUGAUGGGCGUGGAAAGCCAGUACGACGUCGAUGGCGUCUUCGAGUGUCUUCCCUGCGCCGAGGGUUGCGAGUUCUGCGAGGACGAUUCGCCAUGCGUGGUGUCCUUGAACUGGCUGAUGAGGACCGCCAUCCUGAUCCUGGAGUGCUGUGUCAUUGCCUGUUUGCCGGCCGUCGCUUUGUUCACUUGGAAGUACGGGAACGUGAAGGUGGUGAGAGCCGCGAGUCCAGUUCUCCUACGCGUCAUCGUGCUGGGAGCAUUUUUCAUAUACUGCACAACGAUAGUAAUGUACCCCCGUCCAAACGUCAUAACGUGCACGGUACGAGUUUGGCUGCGAGAAAUUGGAUUUUCUCUAACCUAUGGCGCACUUAUGCUCAAAACUUGGAGGAUAUCGGUGAUAUUCAGAGUGAAAUCAGCGAAAGCCGUAAAAAUAACCGACGGCAGCCUGUUGAAGCGGUUAGGCGUGAUUGUGAUGAUAUUCAGCGUGUUCCUAACCAUUCGUACAUUGGUCGCGCCUCCUGUGGUUAUAGUUGCCCGAACCGCUGACGACCUUAAGGCUUAUCUCUGCCGGACCGACUGGUGGGAUCACAGUUUCACUAUACUCGAGGUGAUAUUUCUGAUAUGGGGGAUCAGAUUGUGCAUCGUGGUGAGAAAGACCCCGUCGGAGUUCAAUGAAAGUCGAUUCAUCUCGAUGGCGAUUUACAACGAAUUUCUACUGUCCGUCUUCCUCAACGUCUCGAUGUUGUUCUUGCAAUCGCCGGCCAAUCCGGAUUUAUUGUACGUGAUAUUUUUCUGUCAUACCCAGCUUACCGUCACACUGCUGCUGUGCCUCAUAUUCGGCAGCAAGGCCUACGUGGUGUUCCGUAGCGGGGGCAAGGACGACGCGAAACAUGCCGGGGCCACCGGGAAAUUUCUGGGGAAGAGCAGCCGCCCAGCGGGCACCAGUAACCAGACGAACUCGAUCUCCCUUCAGCAGGGUAUCUUCACCGACGAGAGCGACGGAGCAACGGAGGAAUUCCGUCGAUUUAUCAAUCAGUUGGAGAUCCUGAAGGAAAAGAAUGUCCUCCUUGGAAAUCACCACUUGGUGAACAAGCUAGCAGCGAUGCAGGAAGCAGCAAAUUGCGCGGAAACUCGGGUGUCCACGAUCCAGGCGAUCUCCUCGAGCAUGAGAUUGAACGAACUUAAUGGAUCCACAGCGAUCGUCGAGACGGAUGUUGGUGGAUCCUAUCAGAGCGACGCGAAUCAAAAAGGUGGAGAGUCCAAGGAGAAGAAGAGGUGUCAGGCCUGCAUGGAGAUGAAUUCCAAAGAGUCUGAGGCUACGGCUACGGUUCCAACGGAGUCGAAGAAAAAGGUGAGAACCAACGACGUAGCCGUCUCCACUUCCGGUAGACCGGCCACGGAGGAUGUAGGAACGGAGACGAAACAGGAGGACAAAGAGGUGGAGACGAGGGAUAGAGGCAAGAGCAAAUCCGGCCACGCCAGAACACACGCCAUAGUCAUCAACCUGGACGACAAGAGCAGGUUCUCCGAGGAGGUCACUGUGUAAGAAUAGUGAUCGUGAUUCCGUGGGCUGUUCAAAGUCUAGUUCCUCGAAUACCGAAGUUGACAAUGGGAUUCGAACAAUGAGGAUUCCGUUGACGGGGACCGAGGUAAGAUCCUUCGUUCGGUGUUCCGUCUCUCGAUUCGCUGUUUAGGGUUUUCUAUCCGCUCGUUCCCGAAACAAUGUGCACUCGUAAUUGGUAAAUCCGUUCAGCGGGCCACGUGAAAACGUAAAAGGCAAAAACUAUCCGAAAGCGACGUUCGAGGCUUUCAGGAUCCAUCGACGGCGAUCGCGCCACGCGAACAAAAAAAGUUUUCAACGAAACCCGCGGGGCGAAGCACUGGACGAGGAGCAUAGAAGAAGAAUAAGACGAUAGUUUCGACGGGACUUCGUGCGAGAAACGUUUCCUCGAACACGAUUUCACUUUUUUCACCGUUCGACGCACACCCGGUGCUUUUUGGACGAUCGCCGUAUGAGAAUUUUUAGUCUUUCAAACGAUCGACGGGGGAAAUAGGGGAGCGUGUUCUCCCGCGAAGGGAAAAGGGCGAGGUUGCGCGGUACGCUCGGAACGAAAACGAGAAUUUAUCCACGCCGUAGGUAAACAUUUACUUUUAUCGAACAAAGUCACUCGCGAGGCGCCUGGCAAGACGCACCGAUCUCGUCGCGGAUAGAAAAGCUUCGCUAUCUUUAUUCGUACGUUUUUAUAGCGAAUUUACAAGGCUUAGUGAUGGGAUUUGGAACGCUUCGAACCUGAUUCGAAAGCCUUGAAAGUCGUACGGUUCUCGAGAGUGUCGAUGAUAAACGCAAGACAUUGAAUACUCGUUUUUGUUGCUUUUGUUAAAUCAUAAU